CUGAUUCUGUGACUCGAAACUAUUUUAUCACCUUAAAUACCUUCUGUCAGCCCUGGUAUCAGAGCCACUCACCUCUAGUCCAACGUAGCUGGUAGACGUGAGAAGAUACACCAUGUUGAAGCUUCUGUUUUUCGCCCUUCUGGGAUUGACACUGUCUGUCGCGGACAUCCCUCGUCACUGCUUCUCUCCCCCUGAACUCACGUUCAGAGCCUUCCAGUUCGACCACGAGUAUACCACCUUCAACCGUUUCAAGGCCGAGUAUGACGUCAGAGACCGCAGGGUGGCUUUCCUGGAGGAGGAAGUCAAAGGACCGGCACCCGGAAAACAAUACCUGUGGCUCAUGUUCCUGCACGAAGAGAAAGCAGGUUUUGAAUUCAACCUGAAGACCAAAAAGUGCAAGAAGUUCAAUCCCGGCAAAUUUCAUCAUUUCGGCACCCCAGAAGGUUCCAAGUUCGAGGCUGACUUCUACGUUGGCGGACCCGGGGAGUCCAUAGACGCCGAGAUGUGGUCUGACAGAACCGACUUCAAAAGGGAAGACUGGCUAGGCGUGUUCACCAAACGUAAUUGCUACCCUAUCCGCACAUUUACGAGGAACACACACAACAACCACACCCUCACCACCAACAUCAACGACCUCGUCGAGGGCAUUGAGGACCCAGGUCUGUUUGACCCUCCUAAGGAGUGCUUACAGCAGGGUGUGCUAGAAGAAGAGAUGAGCGAGACAGCGCGCAGAAUGUACAGCAUCUACUCACGUACUUUGUUGUAGAUCACAAAACAGGCAUGCACAAUUAUUUUGCUUUAAGUUGUUAAAAUGCUUAUGUCCAUACGUCGUUCUAGUAUGUCUUCUUCUCGAAAAUGUACAUGCACGUAUACAUUCAACCAUUUCUAAUUAAAGCAUGCAUUCACAUCUUGUAACACGUAUAUGUGUAAUUCUAAGUCGAUGUUUUGUAAACAAUAAAGUUGUUUUGUUUUCGUUU